AUGAACUAUCCCCCGUACGGACACAAUCCCAAUUCCUAUGGAUACAAUGGGGACGUGUUCGCCAACCCUCCCGGUCAGAAUGGCCCUCAACAUAGCGGAAUGCUGGGCCAGCGUCAACAUGUCUCUCAUCCGCAACCUCUUCAUUCCCACAAUCAAUUUCAUAGGGGCUCUCCUGGUCAGCUGUCUAGCCGUGGCGCUACCUUCGGAAUCGAGCCUUCUAUGAAUAUUGUGCCCGACAUUCUGCGGGUUCCGUCCAUGCAGCAAAAGUGCACCAACAACUACCCUCAAUCGCCCAAUCACUUCCCUACUGGCUUCAUUGCAUCCAGCAGCACAACCUUGGCCCCCUACUCUCGCGGCCCUCCCCAUAAGCAGGAUCUUGCCGAUCAGAACGCUACCAUGCACUGGAAUGAUUCCAGCCUCGCGACUGGCACUUCCUAUGGCGGUCCUAUUAGCCCAGCUCCUCCCCAUGUCUCCAGAGCCUCUUACCAGAGCCCUACUCUCAUUCAAGAGCCUCCAACUCCACACAAUACAGCAGAAGAUGCAACCAUGGGGCUAGCGUCCGAUGCCACAACAACCUUUACCCCCACGACAGUCAUGCCAUUGGAGACCCAGCCGGGCCAUUCCAGUAGCCACACCAGCUCAUCCAACAGAACCGCGCGUGUUGUGUCUCCGGUUCAACAGGCCGCUGCCAAUGCACCGUCGGUCGGAAGCAGUUCCGCGACCAAAGCUACUAUCAGUGAUGGUCGGGCACCGGCUCCUGGCUACACCCCUGACCGGGCUCAGGUUCCGGAUCAGAAUCAGGCUCAAGACCAGGCUCAGGCUCAAGGCGAGAGCCAGGCUCGGAAUCGGAGUGCGAAGAACAGCAAGUCAAACCGCAAUACCGGCGCUAGGGCUGUCAGAAGACCCCAGUCCGACGUGGACCGAUUGACACGUUUGAUCGAAUAUCAGUUUGAACAAGGCUUCAAACGUCUGGGGCUAUGUGCUGAGCCACGUGAAAGCGAGAGGAAGGACAACAGCCCAGCAAGAACACAACGAACCGCCAAAUCUGUCAAGGUCAAGAUCGAGCCACCCAAUGCCCUUGCUGCCUUUGACCAACACCGGAGCGCCAUCCUCGGCCAACUAUCCACGCAUGACUCGGUGUACUCACGAGUCGAUAAAAUCGAGCGGGGAAAAGAAAAGGAAGUCAUGUGGAUUACCUUUAAGAACCUCUCGGAUGCUCAGGCCUUUAAGCCAAACGCUGCACAUCUAACAGCCGCGACGAAUGUGACUGUCACCAAUUUCGUCCUCUACCCCGAGUUCUAUUGGGUUAGGGCCACAUUGCACGGCAAGAAGAUUACACGUGAGAUGAUCCAGGAAGAUUCGGGUUUGCGUUGGUUCGAGGAUUUUGGUAUCUACCAUACGAUGUUCAAACCAGCGGUCAACGGAAACGCGGUCUGGCUUCGUUUCACUGAUUCGACCAUGGCGUGGAAACUAAUCGAAACUGCCGAACAACAAGGAGACGACCUUCGCAUCGACUUCUGCUCAGCCAAGAUCGAGGCUGUUGAUGUACGCUUGAAACCCUUUUACUGUUACAAGUGUUACGAGCCGGGUCACAUGGAGAAUAAGUGCAACCAACUGCACUCUACUUGUGGGAAAUGCGCUGGUCAGCACAAGACAUCCGAGUGCGCCCCAGGGACCAAGUUCCGAUGUCCCAAUUGCGGAGAUGAACACCCUGCCUGGUCCCCGCAAUGUCAAGAUUCUGAGCGAAUGAAGAUGCUGGCACGUUGUGCUACCUUUGGCAUAGAUGAGCCGUUCUGGGCACGGGAUAUGCGCCAGGCACAAAGGCUAUCUGAGAUGGACACGUCACAGCACUAUUCGCCAUCAGCAUUUUCAGAUUCCAUGACACCCAGGACUCCUUCCGAUCACCACACUGGAGACGACCAUGAAGCUCACGCCAGACAUCCGCACCCCACGCUCAGCCGUCGUGAGAUGCGGAUGCCAGAGUCACCCACACGCAAUGGCAGGACACAACGCGGUGAAGGCAGUUUGCAGACGCCUACCUCCAUCGCCCAGAAUCCUGCCGAAAGGCCUCCCGAGUUCGGAGGUUCGUCCAGCAACCAGGGCCAAGGUUCGCUCCCAAAGGCCAGUCAGUACGUGGCCCCGGCCCCGAAACCGACACUAACAUCAUCAAGAGCGACGCAUGCUCGAACCGUCGCAACUCCAUCCGUACCUCCCAGGAAAGGAAGGAACGCCUUGGUGUCGUCAGCCACCGCGUCGAGUCCGGUUGAGGCAAGCAACAGUGGUGGCCCUCGUCCCAAGGCCCACCCGAACGGGAGGUCUGCUCGGGGUGCUUCCAGCUCGACCUCCAAGACCACAGAAGCAGACGCGGCUACCGGAACGCAAGACAAUUCGUCGCGCAACCAGAAAGCGCCAAAGAGGGCCAUCAGCCCCAGCGUCAAGACCCCUCAGCGAGCGAAGCCGCGUCAAUGCCGACGGGAUAUAGGAAAGCACGUCGCCUCGCCAACUCUCCGGCGGACCCAGUGGCAUGCUAACAAGUCCGACGGGUGGUCCUCGUCUGGCAUGAGCGAGAUUGCCGCAGGCAAGCGUCCGGCUGAGCCUUACACACUGCCUGUAUCGCCCAACAAGUCAACGGACCAGAGUGUAGCUUCCGAAUCGUCAGGCAGUGGCACAGCGACAGCGUCCGAGACAGGGACGGCGUCGUCCUCUGAGGCAAGCUCUUCAGUGAGACCUGUCAACCCUCCAGUUGCCGAUCGUCCAGUCGCUCCACCCCCCCAGCAGAACAAAGGUCGCGGUGCCCAGGCCCCCGCGGACAAGAGUCAGGUUACAUCGGCGCCAUCGCAAGAAAGGGAGACCCUUUGA